CUCCCGUAUCGGCAUAAAACGUGGCGUCUAGCAUAGUUUACCGAAUGAAUUUGUGACAAUUUGGUAUUUUUGGUAGCCUUAAGAUACUCGGGUCGAUUAUCAAGCUUUUCACUUACUUGGUAGUUGGGCUCAUUAACUACAACAAGACAAGUCUACUCAGCGAGAGCAACCAUGAAACAAGCAAUGUCGUAACGGUUGGAAAAAAUUCGUGUGUGGCUCGAAGGUGGAUAUACAGCCUCGCUCCUUCAGCAAAAUUUCAUUGAUCGCCUAAGACUGUCACAUUAACACACCCAGACUUAAAGUUCAUCCACGUAUAUCGAAAGGAGGUGAUAUUUACAAGUUAUCCCGAGGAAAUUUAAUUUAACGAAUGACUACCUCAGAGCCAAUACGGUUGAAAAUCGACAUGAACGAAAAAUCUAAAGGAGAUGCGGGUUUCCAGUGGCCGGAGGAACAGCGAAAGUACUGGAUUGUGGCCAUGUUUUGUGGUACACUAUUACUGUACGCUGCCAGAUCAGCUGUACCUUUGUGUAUGGCAGCCAUGAGCUCUGAAUUAAAGUGGGACAAAGAGAUCGAUGGAGCAGUUAUGUCUGCCUUCUUUUGGGGAUACAUGCCUGCACAGAUCAUUGGCGGAUAUUUAAGUGACAAAUAUGGUGGAGAAGUAAUAUUAGGAAUUGCUGCAAUUUUCUGGUCUUUAUUAACAUUGGCUGUUCCUUUUAUAACAGUGUCACCAAUACUUUUCUUCUCUCCUACCAUGAUUAUAUUUGCUGCUAGAAUGUGCACUGGUUUAUCCCAAGGUUUACAUUAUCCCUCACUAACAAACAUAAUUGCUAAGAGAAUUCCAAUAAAGGAUAGAACAUUUUUAACAAGUACAAUAUUUGCUGGUGGACCCGUAGGCACAUUGUUCAUGGGCAGUGUUGGUUCAUUAUUCCUCUCUUACAUGGGUUGGCAUAGCGUGUUUAUUUUUCAUGGUCUAAUGGCAUUGUUAUGGGCCUGUCUUUGGAGAUAUUAUUUAGUUUUACCAGAAUUUGAACUUGGAAGCAUCAAAAUGGUUGAACCAAGCAGUUCUGAACGGGCACACCUACUCAAUGUUCCCUGGGAGACAUUUGGAAGAAAUCCAGCUGUCUGGGCUCUGGUUGUUUCACAUUUCUGUCAAGGCUGUGCAUUCUGGAAUGUGUUUGCAUGGCUUCCCAUGUUUUUUGAGGAGCGUUUUCCUGGAAAUGAGAAAUGGAUAUUUAAUGUCCUUCCAUGGUUGCUAUACUUCCCAGUGGCUCUGUUUGUUGGACAUGUAGCAGAUAGCAUGAUUAGAAAAGGAUCAUCAGUUACUUUUGUCAGGAAAUUCUUUCAGACUCUUUCAAUGUGUGGUGGGGCACUUUUCAUGAUUCUUAUUACCAAGUCAUCCAACUUUAGUCAGGCUAUUUUUUGCAUGAUGAUGGCCAUGAGUAUGAAUGCAUUAGGUAAUGCAGGCACUCCUGUCACACCCCAAGAUAUGUCUCCCAAGUUUGCUGGGACACUCUUUGGAAUAAUGAACUCAGCAGGUGCAUUUUCAGGAAUUGUUGGCCCCCUUCUCACAGGUUACCUUUUAGAAGUUGGUCACAGAUGGGACUAUAUAUUUAAAUUAAACGCUUUAGUACUCAUCUUGGGUGCUUCGGUGUUUCUGAUAAGAGGAACUGCAAAGAAAAUAGUGUAGAACAACUGAAAUUGCUCAAAGAAUAUUCUCCAUAUAAGCCAAGCCUAAAGAGGUACUUUCAGUGACCUUGAAGCAAAGCCAUUUACAGGAUGAGCGGAAGAAAACAGAGCAGCAAUUGAGCAGAAUUUUUUAAGUAAGGAAUGGACAAUGUCUAGCGUGCGCUCAUCCAAUUCGGAAUGCACGCGGAUAGUUGGAAGAGCAUGAAGGUAGCGGCGUCUUGAGCAUAUCUUAUGCUACCUUCGUGUUCUCCCAACUAUCCGCGUACAUCCCGAAUUGGAUGAGCUAGAUAUUGCGCUCUGAUUGCCUAGACAUUGUCCAUUGCUUUUAUAACAUAGCGAAACAUUUUUCACGCUGAAAAAGUUGCUCUAUCUGAACUGAUAAGAUUGCAAUGACGUCAGCCUGAACCAUCUCUAUGAGCCAUCCAUUUCUUUUUCAUAAAAUAUUAGCCAAUCAGAGCGCGUGUACGAAUGUAGCUAUGUUAUAACUGCAAAUGUGCCAUCUUUCCUUCCACAAUUAUUCCCGCUCUGAGGACUGUUUAGGGUGCUGUGUGUUCGGGAGAUUAGAACCAAAUUAGAUGCUUAUAAAAUUGGGCCCAUUUCCUAAGAAGGCUGCAGCGCACAAGAAAAAUUAAACUCGCUUUAGUCGAACUGACGUAGAAAUAUGACCAAAGAGGAUGUUGCUCAAUUGGUUUCUUUUCAUGUGUGAGUGAGUUCAUCUCAUUCAUCCCCAACCACUGUCAUAUGUUUUCUUUUUUCCCACGAAAUGUAAUUCGGAAAAAGGGGGUAAGUUUCUAAAGAAACUGUGGUGCUGCGUCGGUGAGAGAGUAUAAUGAGGUAAUUUAGGGUCAUCGACUGAGUUGAUAGCGUAAAUUGGCCACCGUAAAUCAUUUCAAAGCUGAUGUUUCGAGCGUUCGCCCUUUGUCGCUCGAAACUCUUUAGGGGGCCAAUUUACGUGAUCAACUCGCUUGAUAGUACCACAUUACCUUUUAAUUCGGAAAGCUAGGGGGUUUUUUUCGGUGGGCGUAUUUCAUUUUUCAUUUUUAGUCCUGUUAGACUACGAGCGGUUCUU